AUGGCUAUCAGACCAGUAUAUAGGCCAACAAUCGUCAAAAAGAGGACGAAAAGAUUCAUCAGACAUCAAUCUGAUCGCUAUGACAAACUCAAACGUAACUGGCGUAAACCUAGAGGUAUUGACAACAGAGUCCGCAGGCGUUUCAAGGGACAGUACUUGAUGCCAAGCAUCGGUUACGGUUCAAACAAGAAGACCCGCCACAUGUUACCCAAUGGUUUCCGUAAGGUCCUCGUACACAACGUCAAAGAGCUAGAGAUCCUGAUGAUGCAGAACAGGAAGUACUGCGCAGAAAUCGCCCACGGUGUGUCCUCGAAGAAACGGAAGGCGAUCGUUGAGCGCGCCCAACAACUCAGUGUGAGGGUAACCAACGCAGCAGCCCGCCUCCGCAGCCAAGAGAAUGAAUAA